AAAAGACCGUAUUUGAUGGGGCACUUUCAAAAAACAAACGAUCAUGGCGAAGUGGAAACAACCCCCAAGUCUCAUUGGGAUUGAUAUUGGAUUAGGAGGGUUUAUGAAGUCCGUUUUUAAGGCUUUACUGAUUUACAGCCUUUUCACCCACAUUUUCUCUGUUUCAUCGACUUCUCCGAUUCACUUCUCAGUUCUCUGUCUGCAUCAAACUUCGUUGGACUGCUCGUUAUCUUGUCUGUUUCCCAGUUCUUCAUCGUUACAUUUAGUCUUCUCUGCAAAUCGCCGGCGCAUCCAUCUUCUCAGAUUUUGCUUACAGAUUGCAAGAGGAAGAAUGUCAGGAAAGAGAAAUAUAGGGCUUCUUCCCGACAGAGUUUAA